AGUCUGCUAUUAAGGAGAAACACUACCUUCCAAAUCCAAAGGUUUUAGAUGUAGGAGACGUAGAGACUGGAUUCAAAGAAGCUGAUUUGGUGUUUGAAGGUAACUUUGAAUUGAAAUAUGUCGUUGUAUUUUAUUAUGACACGUGUCCAUUGAUAAUAUAUAUGAAUUCAGAGAGCACCAUGCAAUGCAAAAUUGCAGCAUACUGUAUAGCCCAGCAAAACAUAGUUACAAAUAUGUGUUAUUGGAUAUUAUAUAUGACCAGAGUAUUAUCUACGCCCUCCUUAAGGUUUGAAGAGAUAUUUUACCAUUAUUGUAGGCGAGAUGACUAUGGGAUCACAAGAGCAUUUUUACAUGGAGCCCCAAUCUUGUAUUGCUGUACUAAUCGGAGAGGCAGGGGAGAUAGAUAUCAUAACAUCAAAACAAUGCCUCAAUGCUGCACA